CCUGCAUCAAAUCAAAUCAAAUCAAACUAUAAUUAAAAAGAAAAGAAAACAGAGAAAAAUCGAAAAUAAAAUCAAGCGCGCUUUCGCUAGGGUUUUAAGUUUUCACAGAGAAACGAAAAUCCUCUCUCUCUCUCCCAAUCUCCUUCUUCUUCUUCUUCAAGUUUUUUUCCCGGCGAAUUCCUUGUCUGAUUUGUCACCAACACUGCGCUUUUGAGCGAGAAGACGCCUUACUACGUGUGCUAAACGGCACCACUUGCUUUCCCUGGAACAUACAAUACACAAUUGGACUUCAGCUUGGUUCUACACGUUUUACUGAAUACAAAAAUCUAGAAUAUCCUGUUAUUGAGUAUGGUAGAAGCAAAAAAAGUUGAGAACAUCGAAUUUAAGUGGGGUAAACAGAGAGGAGUUGGUGGGAAAAAGAAAGAUGUAAAAUUUUAUGAAUCUUUCUCCUAUGAUGGUGUGGAGUAUGCUCUAUAUGAUUCUGUUUACAUGUACAAGGAAGGUGAGAUAGAGCCUUAUAUUGGGAAGCUCAUAAAGAUAUGGGAGAAUGCUGACAAGACAAAGAAAGUGAAGGUUCUAUGGUUUUUCUGUUGUCGUGAGAUUGCCAAUUAUCUUGGAGAUGAGAAGACUGCUGAGAAUGAAUUGUUUCUGGCAUCUGGUGAAGGUGUAGGCAGCACAAAUGUUAAUCCUUUGGAAGCAAUUGCUGGAAAAUGCAAUGUGGUAUGCAGUUCAAAGGAUAGUAGGAAUCCACAACCAUCAGAUAAAGAACUUCAAGAGGCUGACUUUGUUUUUUAUCGUACAUUUGAUGUUGGGAACUGUAGGAGCUUGGAUAAGAUAGAUGACAAAAUUGCUGGGAUUGAAGUGAAGUUCUUAUUGAACAGAGUGGGUAAUCAGAGUUCCAGUGGUGUUCCAAAACUUGAUUCAAACAAGAAAGAAGUAAGUGGAAAUGUUGUGGCUACUAAUGACACAAGAAUUUUGACCAGGACAGAAUCUUAUCUUGGAGAGAAGGCUGCUUCUAGUUCACAUGUAAAGUUUAAUGAAGUGACUAAAAUAAAUGAUCGGCUGGUAGAUAAUUCUGGUGAGAUGGCAAGUUCAAGCUCUAAAGUUAAGCAAAUUUCAGACAUAAAACCUUCAUUGGCCAACCAGAAAUCUUCACCAGGAGAAAACUCUGCAUCUAAUUUAGGGUUAGGUGAAAUGACUAAAGUUGAUAAAAAGGAAGGCAUACCGAGUGACAUCAUCGCUUCAAGUUCUAAAGAUGAUGUUGGCUGGAGUAAAAGUAAAGUUGAUAAAGUCUUUGCUGAUCAGGUUCUAAUUGAAGAGAAAGUAAAAGUUGCCAAAGACUGUGGUGACUUAGAUGACGGGCCAUCUAAGAAAGCAAAGCUUGAUGAUUUGGCAAAAGCAUCUUAUGAUAACAAGGUGAAAGGUGUGCAGAAAGCAAGUCAUGAUUCCAAUAUCAGCAACUCCAAGUCUGUAGCCCAAACAACCCCUGCUUCUGAAGAUAAAUCAAAACCUAAUCUCACUAAAGAUCAUCAUGAGAACAACAGUGGCCUUUUGAAGAGGCCAAAGCCUGAUGAGAAGCUUACUAGACUUGCUAAUGGCAAGUUUCCUGAAGCAUCCAAGAGGCCAAAGCCUGAUGAGAAGCUUGCUAGACUUGCUAAUGGCAAGUUUCCUGAAGCAUCUCUAAGACAGCCUUCAGAGGAGGGCAGUAAAACUAACUGCCAAAUACAGGAAGUCACUCGCAGGCCAGAAGCUGAUAGAAGCAAGUGGUUUAGGGGACUUCCAUGGGAAGAACGAAUGCAAACUGCUCACGAGCAAGGAACUCUUGUCCUGCUACAGAAUCUGGAUCCAUCUUAUACUUCAGCAGAAGUAGAGGAUAUCAUUUGGCAUGCCUUCAAGCAAAGUUGCACUGUGAAGAUGAUUCAAAGGACUGCACUUGCCAGCCCUCACUCUGUUGUUUAUGCUGCAGGUCAGGCUUUUGUUAUAUUCCAGAAAAGGGAAGUAGCAGAGAUGGCAGUUGCAAAAUUAGAUGAAGGUUGUUUAAUGCUAUCAAAUGGGAGGCCUCUGGUUGGCAGCAUCGCUGCUCCUUGUUUCCCAGGAAAGCAGUCAACCUUUUUUGGUCAUCUUGUUAUCAAUAAACUUAGAAUCCACAAGCAGCGUGAGAUGAAAGAAGCAGUAUCUACUUCACAUUGUUCUCAGCCCAAUACACUUGAGUACGAAAUGGCAAUGGAUUGGUGCCUACUACAAGAAAGAUCAGAUCUAGCUUUGAGAAAGCUACGCCAGCAACAAAGGCAAGAGUUGAGAAAACUUUGGGUUACUUUGAAGUGUAAAUGAACUGUACUGUUCUCAGUGUAGUAGCUCUUCUGGACACUUUUUGGAGAAAAGGGCAGGCUAAAAGAAUUGCUCCUUUUGGAAUAGAAGGAAUGGAUAUUUUGAAAGCCGGAGCUCCGUGAUUAGAUAACAAGACACUAUUUUUGUUGUGCGGCAGUAUAUACGUUAGAUGGAUCAGAUUUUGGGCGUUGUUAGAACUUGGAAAUCAGGUCCUUUUCACAACUACUAGGCUGGUUGAUUCAUCUGAUGUAAAUAUUAUAAUCCAUUCUGUUAGUUACCUUUACCAGCUAGGAGUUUUGUAAGUUUCUCGAGCUGUUUUUAGCUCCCGUGGCUGGUGUGGUGUUU